AUGUCUACAUUUUAUACUGAAGAAGCUCAGGGGGAUCCCACCAUUCCGACUAACAACAAUGCCAAUACAGUGAGAAUCCCAUCACCGACUUCACAAGACCCACACAGUGAAGAAGAACAAAGAGAACAGGGAAGAAGAAGUUCUUCCGAACCAAGUUUGACGGAAACUCUGGUCAAUCCUCCCUCCCAUACCCCAAACUCUCGUCGAUAUGGCUUAACUAUGACUGUCGGACGUCUACAUAUCUCUGUGGGUUUGGAGAUAACCCCUGAUUCGGAGGGAAAUACUUCCAGAUUGAGAUAUACAUUUAUACGUGAAAUCAGAUUUGGCCCUUGCGGUUUUAGGAUAAGUGGUUUAGAUAGUCAUGGUACAAAUGGAGAAAGUAAUGGUCACCAAAUGUCUUCCAUGAUGGGACAAGGACAAAGUGGGGUGCAACCGGGGGAAGGGGAAGUAAUGGAAGAUGAUCAAGGUGUUCGGAGGAAUGAUGCCACCACAAGGAGAGGAAGAGAGAGGGCAAGUAGGGAGAGGAGUACCUUGAAUGUAGCAGGACCCACACCUACAUUUUGGGCUAUGGCAGGGACAGCUGUAAUGAUAAUUUAG